CGGCCUCGUCGUCCUCACUCGGCAGAAAAUCAACCAGAAGCGGAGAAGAGAAACCCGAACAGGCGAACCCAUCUCCCCCCCUCAUCCACGAUGCUCGCGACCGCCUCCCCGCACCUCCACGCCGCGGCGCACCGCCUCUCCCUGGCGGCGCCCGCCCGCUCCGCGCGCCUCCCGUUAAGGCGCCCCCUCCGCUACGCGCCGCUGCGCCUGCGCGCCUCGGCCGCGGCGGAGGCCGCCCCGUCCGCGAAGGAGGGGGCCGAGGAGCUGGGGUUCGAGGAGAUGGCGGCCCGCACGACGCGCCGGUACUACAUGCUCGGUGGGAAGGGGGGCGUCGGGAAGACGAGCUGCGCGGCUUCGCUGGCCGUGCGCUUCGCCAACAGCGGCCACCCCACCCUCGUCGUCUCCACCGACCCCGCGCACUCCCUGAGCGAUUCGUUUGCGCAGGAUUUGACUGGUGGGGCUCUCGCGCCUGUCGAAGGUACUGAUUCGCCAUUGUUUGCGCUUGAGAUAAAUCCUGAGAAGUCUCGUGAAGAGUUUCGGACAAUAAACCAAAAGAAUGGAGGGACCGGAGUAAAAGAUUUCAUGGACGGCAUGGGCCUAGGGAUUCUUGCUGACCAGCUUGGGGAGUUAAAACUGGGCGAGUUAUUGGACACACCACCACCAGGGUUGGAUGAAGCAAUAGCAAUUUCAAAGGUUAUACAAUUCCUCGAAGCACCGGAGUAUAGCAUGUUUAGCCGCAUUGUAUUUGACACUGCUCCUACGGGCCAUACACUCCGGUUAUUAUCUUUGCCAGACUUCCUUGAUGCAUCCAUCGGGAAGAUUUUGAAGCUUAGGAGCAAGAUUGCUUCAGCAACAUCAGCUAUUAAAUCAGUAUUUGGACAAGAAGUUCAACAGCAGGAUGCAGCGAACAAAUUGGAGCAACUCAGAGAAAGGAUGGUCAAGGUGCGAGAGCUUUUCCGUGACACAGAAUCGACUGAAUUUAUAAUCGUGACGAUUCCAACGGUCAUGGCAAUCAGUGAAUCAGCGAGAUUACAUUCUUCCUUGCAAAAGGAAAGUGUUCCUGUAAGGAGACUUAUUGUUAACCAAGUUCUACCACCUUCAUCAUCAGACUGUAAAUUUUGUGCUAUAAAAAGGAAGGAUCAAACACGUGCAUUGGAUAUGAUAAAGAGUGAUCCAGAGUUGAUGGGACUGAACAUAAUGCAAGCACCUCUCGUGGACAUGGAAAUUAGAGGAGUUCCUGCUCUCAAGUUUUUGGGUGAUAUAGUGUGGAAGUGAUCUUAGUUUGCGGGAAAAUGUGAUAACUUCGGGUGGAACUACUUGGUCGAUACAACUGUUUAUCCAAUCCAAGUUCUCUAGAGCUACUGGGUAGAAUCCAGCUUAGCAGAUGCCCAUCCCUAACGUGAGUAAAUAGCACAUAAAUCCAGAGGGUUUCACUGAGCUAGCAUAUGGGGUUUGCUAUACUUUUUUUAUGAGAAAAGGGAUUUGCUAUACUUGACAGUAAUACUACAAGAUUGGUUACACAGCUGCAUUAUCCUGCCAAUGCAGCCCAGUUACUGCAGUGUUCUGCUUCUUUGUCCUUAUAGGAUCACUUGUGGGAUUUCAGAUCCAAAACUUUGUAAACAAAAAUUCUAUGUGCGGCAUGUAAAUGUUAAUAGCAAUGAGGAGUGUUUGUCGAAA